CACAUGCGUGCUCUUGUGACUCGGGUGAGUGCGCGUGAAAUUACAGUCGCUGUCUGAGGUAACAGUAGCGGCGCUUCAGUCUGGGAGAAUCUGACUUGAGUCUAGCAGAACAUCCGCUGGAGAGAGCAGCAGUCACGGGCUUGACGCGGAGACACAGCACUUCGGAAGGCUACAGGUUUAAUUGUGUCACUGGGCAGCAUGACGGAGGUGAUGAACAGCUGUGACUCUGCGGUGGGAGACUACAGUGUGAGCGGUGCAUCUGAGGAGCAGAACAUCUCUUUUCAGAUCUUCCCAGACUCCCAUGAACGGUUCCCAAAGCUUUCCAAACGCUUGCCAUCCAUCGUGGUUGAACCCACUGAGAGCGGGGAGGUGGAGAGCGGGGAACUGCGCUGGCCUCCUGAUGAUCUGAGCCCCACAGACGACCCCAGAGACAAACAGGCCCAGGCUGCAAUUGACAAGCCCAAAGAAGACAGCCAAGAGGCCGCAACAGGGAUGGAAAACUAAUGGGCGAUGGUUGGCACCAAUCCAGCCAAUCACUGUGAAUGUCUUCAUUAUGGACAGGAGUGAACGGGAGACUCCACCAGUUAGGUCUGCCUAUCAUCCACACUAGAGCCGCCCACCUGCUGACUUCCACUCCCCUAGGUGGAGCCGAGGCCUGAGAGACUGUCUUAACUGAACUAGCUCACGUGCCAAACUCUAGUGGUAGUCAGCUGCUGUGAUUGAGUUGUAAAUGAUCUCCAAUAACACCAUGAUACCCAUUAGAAGUCACCUAUGCCUGCUAAAUUAUAAAUUGGCAUUAAUUUAUGUAUUUACUUGCUUUGGACCAAAGUCUUUCAUUCCUUCUAUCAAAACACAUUAAGUGAAAAUGGAUUUCAGAUAAAAUGUAAAUGAACUUCAGUGCAUAAUGGCUCUUCGCCAGUGUAGAUUUCAAACUCUACGCUAUGUACAGUAGAUCUCAGUUUUUUUUUUUCAUGCUCACACACUACUAAUAGGGGUUUCUUUUUAAUACGCUUUCCAGAUUUGCACAUAUUCUUUACCACUUGCAUUAAUUCUCUGUUAUUCACAUCGCUGCUGCUUAUUUACUAGUGUUUGUCAGAGCUGCUGUAAAUGUAGCUUUCUUUGCCUUAGACAUUUAUUUGUAGUUACACUAUAUAUACGUCAUCAUUUUCAUGAAAUUACUGUUUGUAUAUAUGUUCAGACGGUCGUUAUUUUACCCAUCACAUGUAUCUGUCACCUUCCCAAGGCGAAAAUCUUUGGUGCUUCAAAGUCUGUUGAAUAUCACUGUAUUCUGUUAAAAAUCUACUGCUCAUUUGAUGUUUGAGUAUUGGUCUUAAAAUAUUAAUAAUCUGUCUGGGUAUGGGAACGAAUGCAGCACAGUAUCACUUAGCA